ACGUCCCGUGCGCAGGCUGCUGAGGCUCAGUCUCCGGAUAGGUACCGAGAAAUUGAUGAUGUUACCUUGAAUUUUCUCAUCAAUGUCUCUGAUCUUGAAUAUCUUAAGAGAGAUUCUGGCAUAUUUUGGUGUUCCCAUAGACCAGGUUUUACUGACUUGGAAAAAUAAAAAUAAAUAUGGAUCAGCUCGGAGUAUUGUUCGUAUUAUUGGGAAAAUACUUCCUUUAGAACCUUGUCAAAGACCUAAUUUUGAGUUGAUCCCACACUUGAACUCUGUGGAAUCUAAUAAUUGUGGAUCUGUGGUUCCAUCUUUUGCUGAUAUUUUGUGUGUGGCAAAUGAUGAAGAAGCUGGUCACCUCAGAUAUUGAAAAAGCACAUGGGAAAAGGAAGACAAAGAAUUUGAAUUUUUUCCUCCUUUGCAACCAGCUCGGUUUCACCUGUCACCUGGGCAGAACAUGCGCAUGGAAAAUGAUGUACCUGUAAGCAAAGCUGCGAUUGAAAAGCUGACUGCCCUUGAAGAUGAGCUAACUUUUCUUCGCUCUCAGAUUGCUGCGAUUGUGGCGAUGAAGCAACUGAGUAGUGGUAGAAAUUCUGGUUCCUGUGACUUGAAUGAAGACAGUGGCGUAGGAGGGACCCAAUCAUCAGCUCAACUGAGAGCAGAACCAGAUCCAGAUCCAUUUCCAAAAUCAGCGGUUCCUCCUCCUCCACCGCCACUUCCUCCUCACUGUCCUUCUCUCCAGCCUCCAUGGAGCCCCCCCAUACAAUCUGGAUCUACCGAUGUUGGUGACUCAGAUAUUCCAGUAACUGAAGUGAAAAGGCAGCACUCAAGUAUGAGGAAGAACAUUUAUAAUCAUUCCCCAGACCAAAGAAAUGCUGAUGUUCCAAACAUGUUGGAUGUUCUAAAGGACAUGGAUAAGGUGAAGCUUCGUGCUGUUGAACGGUCACCAGGUGGUAGGCCCAUUCAUAAGAAGCAAAGACGAAGUUCCCAGUGGGAUCCAGUAUCUCUAAUAUCACAUGCACUGAAGCAGAAGUUUGCAUUUCAACAAGAUGAUUCCUUUGACACAGGAGAUAGAUCUUGGGAAGCUUCUCCAUUUUCUAGUCCAGAAACUUCAAGGUUUGGACAGUGAUCUAAGGGAAAAAAAAUAGGUAUGAUUCCUGGGAAGAGAGGUGGAGGAAUGUGCCACAUGUCCUCCUCUGC